AUUGGGGUUUCUUCUUACCAAUCUCAGAGAAGCUGGUGGUGGUCGACUGUAGCUGGUCCGUUCCGCUUUCCUGCCUUUCCUGUCACCAAGAAUUUCGCCGCCGUCCCUGCGACUCGAUUCUCCUAAUCUUGUUGCCACGAUCGCGUAUCGGCGGCGCCAUUUCGCGAAUUGAAGUUCUCCUGGCUGGUCUGUCAAUUAGUCAACUGUUGGGAGUCCCAAUAGCCACAUAGCUCCUGAUUGAAACCCUGUUGUCCAGAAAGACGCCAAGGACGGAUAAACGCUUUAAUUAUUCCCUACCCCUCCUUCGUAAACUAAGCUGUACAUUCAUUAGUCAGGCACAGGAAACUUAUUAACGGCUCCUUUUGUCGUAAUUCACCGCAGAAUACGGUAUCAUUGCACCUCGGAGCCCUGCUCAUAUAAACCCUGUGACCCUUCCUGAUUGACCCUGCAUAAUUGACCCGUUACAGCCUGGUUAAUUCGUCCUGUCAACCUUCGGACAUCAUCCCUUCUUAUAUCCUUAUUGACAGACCGCUUCAGGGAUUCUCUUCUGAAUGGCCGCCAUUUUCUUCCGCUGCUCUGGGCCUCCUUGCCCCUCGCUCACCUCCCCCCCCUCCCCCUCCUCCUCCGCAUCCUCCGCCUCCUCCUCCUCCCCCCGUGGAAACCCUAGCACCUCUUGCUCCUCCCCCGCCUUCUGUGUGACUUCGCGCCGACCGCUGUUUCCGUCGCCCGAAGGGUCUCUUCUUUCCGACAGUACCCGUUCGAUCAGCGUUCUCGGUCGUGCGAAUUGCCAGAAGCAGCGGAGCAGCUGCAGUGGAUUCGGCAUCAGCGGCAAUCGCGGCGGGAUCCUCCGAUGCGCCUCCGAGUUGAGGGCUCCGUUGAGCUCCUCACCUUCUCCAGCAUCUCCGGUUCCCGUGGUUUCUGCCGGCGGUAGCAGUGGUGAUCGCAGCGGCCGCAAUGUUGAAGCGGAGAAUGGGCCGGUGGGCAGUGAUCUUAAGCUUACCGAGUCUGCCUAUAACGGGGUGCCCACAAACGGAUCCAGAGAAUCCGCUGGCUCGUUUGUGGCAGCCAAUGGGGAGGAUUACCGCAGCGACGGACGCGGGAGGACGGCAGGAGAAGCGAAGAGGGCUGCAAUGGGAGGGGCGAAGUCUGCAGGGGAGAGGCGGAAGAGCGCAGGGCGGCGCAAGAAGGCAGCAGGCGGGCAGCAGCAGUGUAGCAGCGGCGAAUCCCAGGGGCACGGGGAACCCCACUCCCGUUCCUCCCAGCUCCUCCGCGCGCUGAUGCGAGGACGCUUCGACGAAGCCGCGUCGCUCGCAACGGCUCCCAGCAGCAACAGCGCUGACUACUGUAACCAGAGGGGGGGCUUCGGUUGUGACUUUGAGGCGGAGAAACGAGACUGGAACGCGCAGGAAUCGGUCCGAAAAGGGGGGGAAUCGGCUCCCGUUCUCGUCCGCGCGGCUGCGACAGCGACCGCAGCAGCCAUUGGUCUCAGCAUCGUCACCGCCGCGCCCUGCCUCCCCACCGUCUCCCCCGCCUCCGCCGCCGUUUUCAGCCGCGUUGCUGACGUAGCGGCGGCGGGUUUGCCGGCGGAGGUCCUGCCGCCGAUCGCGGCGGUUUCGACGGGCGACGUGUGGCCGUCGCUAUACCACUCGGCGCAGUUCUUUUCGUCGUUCCGCCCGCUGCCACUUCCGAUAACGUUCGACCAAGGAAGCUUCGCGGAUCGAGGGAGCUUCGCCGCGCCGCCGCUGGUGUACUCUUACCCCGCCGCCAACGACGCUGACCACGCGUCGUUCGCGAAUAUCAAGGAGCCGCUAACGGCUCCGACCAAUUCUGAUUCCUCGGUUGUUUCCGCUGCUCUACCGGCCACACUACCGGCCACACUACCGGCCACACUACCGGCCACACUACCGGCCGCGCUACCGGCCGCGUUACCGGCCUUACUUCCCGCUGAUUAUUCCCCGUCGCCCGCGCCUUCCGAUGCUGUUUUGCCCGCACCAUCCGGAACUGCUGUGUCCGCCACGCCUGUAUCGCUCAAGUUCGCUGCUCCCGCCGCUCCCGCCUCUCCCGCCGCUCCCGCUUCUCCCGCUUCUCCCGCUUCUCCCGCCGCUCCCGCCGCUCCCGCCGUAACCGCAUCCGCGACGGAGGUAGCGCCGAGCUCGGCAGCAGGGGCUGCGCCUGACAUGCUCUUUGGAGUCAACUUGUCCGUGCUGAAAGCCGCAUUUGGGACAGUCUUUAAGCUCUUCGGCAUCUGCGCCUUCGUGGUGUGUCUGCAGAAGUCGGGCAUUCUGCCCAAAUCCACGGCCUCCGUGCUAAGCCAGGUCUCCUUCCGAGUGCUCAUCCCGUGCUUCCUCAUGAGCAAGGUGGCCGCUACUCUCUCUGGAGAGUCUCUAUCCGCCCUUGCGGUUCUGCCGCUCAUUGCUAUCCUCCAGGUGCUGGUGGGCACGGUGCUGGGCAAGGCUGCGUGCCUCGUGGCGUUCCACAAGCCUGCGUCCCUGCUGCCCUCUGCUGCGCUGCUGCCCUCUCUUGUCACGGGCAACAGCGGCAGCAGCCACAAGAGCAGCAGCAGCAGCGGAAGCAGCAGAGAAAGCCACACUGAAGUUGUUGCUACUGCCGCGGAAUCGGCAGCGGCAGCCGCAGCAGCUGCUGCUGCUGUAACAGCAGAGGCGACAGCAGCAGCCACACUUAGGACGAAGGAGUCGGUGGUGACGGCUGUUUGUGCGUUCAGCAACUCGCUCUCUCUCCCCCUCGUGUUCCUCACGGCGCUGCUGAGCCAAGUGGAUGGCGACAGGGCUGCCGGCUACCUCGCGCUCUUCAUGAUGGGGUGGCAGCCCGCGCUGUGGACGAUCGGCUACAGCAUUCUCAAGGACGCGGGCAAGCCCGCGGCUAGGAGCAGCAGCAGCAGCAGCUGCACAAAGGCAGCUCCGGCUGCUGCUAGUGCUGGUGCUGGUGGUGCUGAGGUUGGGGGGGUGCGCGCAUGGGCGAGCAACGCAGUGGAGUGCGUGUCAGGCGUGGCAAAGAAGGUGUUCAACCCGCCCAUGUAUGGGGUGCUCGUGGGGGUUGUUAUCGGCACGACCCCGCUCGGCCAUUUCUUCCUGCCGGCUGCUGCAGACGCCGCCGCUGCUGCCACAGCCGCAGCUGCGGGCUCGGGCGAUCUGCUGGCGUCGCUCCUCGGCCCUGCUACAGCCGGGGUGAUGCAUCCACUGUUCGGGGCAGCAGGCAUGCUGGGGUCAGCAUGUGUGCCCGUGCAAACCAUCGUCCUCUCCUCCUCCCUCGCCGACGCCCUCCCCUCCACCCUCUCCUGGCCCAAGUUCCUCCCCAAACUCCCCAACCUCCCCACCCCCAUUGCAAACCUUCAAAAGACCCUCUCCGCUGGAUUCUCCGCCCCAGUGUUCCCUGCUGGCUCCCCGCCUCUGGCCGAUCUGCACCACCUCUUUCACUCCCUCGUUUCCUCCUCCUCUGCCUCGUUCUCCUCAUCCUCCUCCCCUUCCUCCGCGUCCUCACUCUGGCUGCUGGCACGAGUGGUCCCCCAGCCCUUCCUUGGGAACUCCGUCCUAGCGGCUUCCUACUCCUCUGCUGCUGCUGCAGCAGCAGCAGCUGCUUCGGCAUCCAUUUCUAGUGGCGCGUCUGCUGCUGUCCUUGCAAUCCCGGUGCAGGGAAGAGGUGCUGCCGAGGGGAUGGAGCGGGAUGCGGAUGAGGGGAAGGAGGUGCGGUCGUGUGAGGCGGAGAGCGGUACAGAGGCGGUGGGAGGAGUGGAGGUGAUGGGGGGUGGGGGGGCGACAGGAGCCCUGGAGGUGAGUGGGCUAGAGGCCAUGGAGCUAGAGAUGGAUAUGAGCAUGGGCAUGGGCGCUGCCAUGCAGAUGGAUCGACCAAACACUGCCGAUGCUGCUGCAUCUGAAGGGGAUGAUGCUGCUGCUGCUGCUAAUGCUGCUGAUGCUGCUGCUAAUGCUGCUGCUUUUGAUGCGUCUGCAGCAGCAGCCGUCUGCCCCACAACCUCUCCUGAGCUGGCAGCAGCACUGGCUCCUGCUGCUGCUGCCGCCCUCGCUCCCGCUUCCUCUGCUGUCUUCCCGCAAGCCGCAGCAGCAGCAGCCACACCAGCCCACGCACCAGAUGCUGCUGCUGCUGCUGCUUCGGUGGCUGCAUCAGCAUCUGUAUCUGUACCUGUCGUGGCUCCUGUUGUUGCCGCCGGCCCUCCGCGGACCUGCUAGACAAUCGGGCGCUGGGAGUGGUGUCGCUGGUGCGCCUGCUGGUGUCGCCCAUAGUUGGCAUGACAAGCAUCAUGGCGCUCUACCACGCGCAGCUCAUUCCUCAGGACCCUAUCUGCGCGCUUUGCCUCAUGGUGCCCACCGCCAUGCCGUCCUCUCAGAGCCUUGUGGUUCUCACACAGCUGAGCUCCAAGACCCGUCCCCUGGCUGGAGUGCUGGCGUCGCUCAUGCUCCGACAGUACGCCAUUGCCAUGCUGCCAAUCACAAUCUGGGUCACCGUUUUCCUCACUAUCCUCAACAUCCCCAUGUGAGGCAACCACCCAAGUAUUGGCAUCCCCAUGAGGCAGUCACCCAAGCUGAUUCAUGUGAGGGAAUCACUCAAGAACAUAACCUGUCUAAAUUAUCAUGCAAGCUACGGUCACGUUUUCCCUCACCCCACCGUUACAAGGUGAGGUGAAGGGGGUUUUGGUCUCCAAUGGCGAUGGGGUGAGGACGUUGCUUGAUCAGUGACAAGUGCCUAUAUCGUUCGCAGGUAGAAGAGGUGGCUGCACUGGUAGCAGAAGCUACAGCAGCGCGGAAGUUUCAAUGACGUUGGCAUGUCAGCAUCGUGACCAAAACUGCAGCAGCGAAGGGAAAUAGGAGGGGGGCAAGGUCAAGCAGAGGGAUGCAGUGGUCAAUGAGUGUAACUGGUGAAUACUCAAGCAGGCAGCUGUGCCACAGUAGGGAAGAUAAUUUUAGGAACUUACAUUUAUAGGCAGGUAUAAUUCAAACAGGUAUCUUUAACCACCUACAGAGGAAUCGAGAAGGAACGAUUGUCGAAGCUUUCUAUUACCUUGCAUGCAGGGUUAUGCUGCCUAAAUGUUGUCGACGUGCUCUCCAUUUGUUCCACGGUGCAUCCGAUGCAACCUCGGGUAUACCGGUCU